GGGAGGAGGGAAGGGCUGCGGCUCGGGACCCGGCGCCGGCUGCGGGCGUCCGCCUCAGGUAGCCGCGCCCUCCGCCCCCACACCGGGGCCGCCACCUCCCUAUAAGUGGCCCGCCGCGGUCGGCAGACCAUGGGGCGCGUCUGCAGUCUCCCGCCAUGGAGCCGGCCGAGAGGUCCCUGCUGGACAAGCUCGCCUACCUGCAGUGCGCCAUGAGCUUCCUGGGCUUCCUGUUGCUCCGGCUGCUGCGCUCGUGCUACGGGCGCUACGUGUCUCCGGGCUCCGCCUUUCGGGUGCCGGCGCGGGCCGCCUGGGCGCUGCAGGAGCUGCCCUCGCUCGCCGUGCCGCUGUGGGUGUGCACCGUCACGGCGGCCGAGCGCCUCCGCCGAGCCCCCAACCGCAUCCUCCUGGCCAUGUUCCUCGUCCACUACGCGCAACGGUCCUUGAUUUUCCCGUUCCUGAUCCGAGGCGGAAAGCCCAUGCCCUUGUACACGUUUGCAUUGGCCUUCAUGUUCUGUGGCUACAAUGGCUACUUGCAAAGCAGAUACCUGAGCCAGUUCGCCGUGUAUGCCGACGACUGGGUCACAGAUCCCCGAUUUCUAGUAGGGUUCUGCCUGUGGUUGAUAGGCAUGCUGGUAAACAUCCAUUCAGACCACAUCCUGAGGAAUCUCCGGAGACCAGGGGAGACUGGGUAUAAGAUACCGAGGGGAGGCUUGUUUGAGUACGUGACAGCAGCCAACUACUUCGGGGAGGUGAUGGAGUGGUGCGGCUACGGCCUGGCCAGCUGGUCCCUCCAGGGCGGGGCCUUCGCGCUCUUCAGCGCCUGCAUCCUCUUCACCCGGGCCCAGCAGCAUCACCAGGUACACUGGGCGUUCGCUAAUCGAGUCCACAACCACGCAGACGUCCAGAGAAGAACCCGCUCUGAGAAUCACCGGCUGCACAUCAAUGUUAUCAUUGGCUGCACCGGAGUCUGAGCCCCUCCAGACGUUCGUUGCUGGAGCCCAUGGUCCAGUAAAGCUUCGGGCAAGGGACUCGUGGUCUGGCCAGGAGCACGUCUGCAGGAUGCCGAGCGCCCACAGCUGGGCCCGGAGGCGCACACCAUGUGCGGAAGAAGCCCGGCUGGACCCUCACGCAGCCCCUGCACAUGAGCGCCCCGCACCCCCUGCAGACCUGCGGUCUCUGUCCAGACUCCCAGGCUGUGCGCGCCGUCAAAAUCACAUUGUUUCCCAAGGUGAGGGGCCCCAGCCUGUGUCAGAUCCUCCAAACAGCCUGUGAUCUCGGGGACCAGUACAAACUCAUAAAAACCAAUCCGAGGCUGUCAAAGAGGAAGCGAACCUAGGGUAGCGCCCCUCCCAGUCCCACGCAUGAAGGGACUGAGGCUCAGGGAACAAAGUCCCAGCUUUUCAGAUGGGAGAGGUCUCGGGCCAUCCCCUGAGGCCAUAGUGAUGAUGGAAACUGGGCAGGCGGCUCACAUCAGUGCCCAUGGGGAUCGUUUGUGUCCCCUGAGCUAGAAAGGGCACUGCCCCCCUUCCCUGGCUGCAUUGCCCCAAAUACAUUUCGUGAAGCUCUUCAAUGCCACCCAUACUCUCGGAGGCAUACACAGACACAGCAUCGUCUGACUCCACAGCACCUGCCAUCUCUUGAAAUGGGGCAGAGAGAAGCCCCCAGAAGGACAGACUGAUGUCAUGGCAUCGUGGGACGCAGACAGACUUUUCAGAGUCAGAAUUCCUAGGUUUCUUUCUGGGCUCACCAUGUAUUUAAAGUUGCAGAAGAUUAUUACCAGAGACACUGUGGAGAAAGAGCAGAGCUGGAAGGUCUCCUUAGCUAGGUUUUGUAUACCUUAGGCCGAAAGCCCGAGAUUAUUGAGAUUACAGGAGAAGAACCCUUCAGCGCUCCAUGUGUUGAAGUGCCCCACUGUGCUCCAGACAGUGGGGGAUCUGAGAACUGGGACCUGUCCCUAUUCCGGAGCUGCGGAGGGGGACAGAGGUAAGGAAAGCUCACACCAAGAAAGGCUCGGAAACAGGUUACAGCAUCAAAGGUGACAGGAAACGAAACUAUUUGCUAUGAUGGGUUGAAUUGCGUUCUCCCCCCACCCCCCAAAAAAGAUGUUGCAGUCUUGACCCUGUGAAUGUGACCUUAUUUGGCAAUAGGGGUCAUCGCCAUCGCAGAUGUAAUUAGUUGGGGAGGUCACACUAGAGUAAGCAAGCCUCUGACCCAGCAGGACUGGUGACUUUCUUAGGAGGGAAAUUGCACACGUGCACACAAGGACAAGAAGACCAUGUACAGACACACACACAAAGACAGCCGUGUUAAGUGUGGAGGCAGACCGGGGUGAUGCCGCCACACACCCCUGCGGCUGCGGCAGCUGAGAGAGGCAGAGAAGGAGCCUCGCUGAGAGCUUAGGAGGCAGCAUUCCUGCCUCUUUGGAAGCCCCCUAGCGUGUGGGCCUUUGUUGCAGAAGCCGCAGGAAGCCAAGACACCGGCCUCUGAGCCACCCAGAAUCCGCUGGGCUGUAAGGAAAGACAAAGGCAACGUGUGUGAGUUCUGGAGCCCUGCGUUUCCUCCUGUCCCCAGAGCUCAUGCUGCUGCAGGUGUGUCUGCCCAGGUGGGAACCAAGCCUUUUGGAGAAGAAACAGUGACAGCAAUACCAGUGAAUCUGGGUCCAGCCCAGCAGUCCUGUGCUCGUGGGGACCUCUCCUGCCCCCAUUCCUCCCUUCCCUCCACCCUUCCCUCCUCCUUCCCAGGCAGGGCCCCCCCGCAUCGAUUUCUCACUUCGCCUCUGAGGAACAAGCUACUGUGCUGCGUUAGUUCCAUGAGAGAGUAGGAAGCGGAUGUUGGCUGGUUUCUAGUAAUGGAGAAAUGGGAUGGUACUGGUAGCUAAGAAGUUGGAUCACAGGAAGACUGAACAAGAGGCGAGUCGGUGGUAAAGACGCUUCCUCAAAUGACCAUGGGAAAGUCUCUCUUGACAUGUGAGUAGGAGAUACUCAAAUUUCUAAUGGGAAAUACUCAAAUUCUAUCAUUUGAACAGGAAAUAGAAAUAAAUAAUUUUCAUUUUCCGAAUGAACAUCUCUGUUAAUAAAAACCCAAAGGUAUUCUUUGCAGAAACCUUCAUGAGUUGAAAGGAUUCUUUUUCAUUCAUUUGCUAUUUAUACUGAUGUCAUUACAAAACCAAUAUUAAUUGCCGGAAAUUUAAUAAAUUCAGCUUAGUGGAAGUA